ACGGAAAGAGCGGCGCUCUGGCUGGCAAAUGCCUUCCACGAUUCCAUCUUUUACAAAAGUCUAAUAAGAAUCUCUCUCUACACUUAUCCCAUCUCUCAAUUUACAGAUCAUAGAUUCAAAAUUCAAAGGUCGCCUAAUAAGCCAUGCCAAUGGCGACCAUGCUAUAUCUAACUGUUUUAGCUCUUUCCAUCACCGCCGUAGCAUCCGACACCCCCGCCGCCACUCAAUACACCAACCACACCGUCGGCGGCGCAUCCGGAUGGUUCUUCAACACCACCACCAACACCUCCUCCGCUAAUUACACUACCUGGGCCGCCUCCCAAACCUUCAAUCUCGGUGACUAUCUAAUAUUCAACACAAAUACCAAUCAGACAGUGAUCCAAACCUACAACGAGACGAUUUACCGUAGCUGCGUCAUGGACGAUGCAUCGGACGACACGUUCGAGUACGGCGGAGGCAACAACCAGUCCGGAGUGCCGGUGAUGAUUCCGGUGCCGUUGACCGAAAACGGGACGAACUACUACUACUCCGACGCCGACAAUGCCGUUCAGUGCCAGCAUGGGAUGGCCUUCCAGAUCGUCGUGAAUUACGGCCUCGGCCUCCCCCCGAGCCUCGUCUUGCCUGCUCUUGCGCCCUACGUGGACCCUCCGACGGCGUCGGAUGUUCCGAGUAGUGGUGGUGGGUUGAGGACUAAUGCAAACUUGCGCUGGGUGGUUUGGGAUAUCAUGCGAUUUGGAGCUUGUUUAUUUAUCCUCCUCUUGUGAAGGCAUUGUAGAAGUUGAACUUAGAAUUGCUGUAGGUUGGAUUGGUUACUGGCGUAGGAUGAACUUUUCCAUGGAUACCAUUUUUUUGCACUAGAUUCAAUACAAUUUUUUCAUAAUA